GUCAGGCAACUUCGGGGCAGCCUGUUGCUCUAACGGGAGCCGAGCCGAGCAGCGAGAGCAUGGGAGUCAACGCAGCCCAGCAGAGACCCGAGGCGAGGGGCGCAUCGCUGCCGGUCCUGCUCUCCCAGAUGGUCAAGAAGCGUCCCGGACUUAUCCCCCUCAUUGGUUUAAUCGGGCUUGGGCUGAGUAGCGCUGCCUUCUAUGUUUUGAGACUGGCCCUCUGCAGUCCGGACGUGAGCUGGGACAGGAAGAACAAUCCAGAACCAUGGAACAAACUAAGCCCCAAUGACCAGUACAAGUUCUUGGCCGUCUCCACAGACUACAAGUCCCUGAAGAAGGACCGACCAGACUUCUGAGUGCACCUUGACAGAGUCACCCACCGUCAAGCCACGUUCAGGGAAGGACUGCCUGCCUCUCUGCUACAUGGCCACAUCUUCUUCUCCCUUGCUGAGCCUAUAAACGCUUCCCACUUGUACCUGCCAAGCUGAAGCAGCUUGUUCCUUCCUGCUUGCCUAUGUGUGGGCCAAGCUACAAGUGACGAAUGACACUUGAACGGCAAGUGUAUUUCUCCCUGUUCACUUGCCCUCCACUCAAUCCACUUGCUGUUCAAGUGUCAUCCGUCACUUGUAGCUUGGCCCUCUGAUGCACUGGUGCCAUGCCAAGGAUCGCCAGUAAGAUAGCUAAAGCCUCUCCAACAGAAGCAAAGGAAAACAUGAUCUAUGAAAUGCCCCUGGGUAUUGCAGUAACAAACCAUUCAUUAAAAGCAAUGGGGGGAGGGUGAGAACAAGAGGAGGGAAGAGACCGUGUUCCCUUUGGGUCCGAUGGAGGCUUCUCGGUUCAGUAUUUUCCAGCCCCUUUCCUGUAACUAUCCCUGACCCCCAUUUGCUACAUUUCCUGUCUCCCACGCUCAGAUUUACCGUUCCCACAGAGAAAGCACAGCUCCAGAAGAUUCUAGAGAGGGUAAUGCUGACUGAAACACGCGCCACCUCUAAGAGAAACAAAUCAAGGUCUGCAGCCUGGGUGAAGAAGGAAUUAUGCAACAUGAUUUACAGAAAAAAAAAAUUCGCCUGAGCAAUUUGAGUUCCCUUUGCAGUAGGUGAUGUUGGCAUGUGUACAUAUAGGCAAUGCUACUGUUUACUUAUGAGUCUUUUAAUAUUAUUAUAUUGGCACCUGAAUAGCACACGUAGUUGUGUACAUUCCAUUUAUUCUGGAGACUGCUGUGUGUGUUUGCACACACAGAUUGCGGGUUCUAAAUGUUGUACAAAUAUAGAAAUGUAUACCUCUGUUCUAAGGAUACCCAGCUGAGGAGCAUCCAUGCAGCUGGAUAUAUGCGCGCACAUGGUGCAUAAAGGGAUCACACAUGCAGGAAGUUUUGUUUGAUCCCCAACCAGUGAGGCAAACACAGACCGGUCUGUUGUGCCAGGGCUCAACCUUGCAGUCAGGGCUUUUUUUCUGGGAAAAGAGCUGGCGGAACUCAGUGGGUUGCCCUCAGACAAAAUG